AUGGCUUAUGGUGGGCACGAUUACCUGGGCAAACGCGACGAUGACCUCGGUCGACGGCCAGGCUCGCAGCCAUGGUCUUGGUCUACUGCGCUGCGCAUGCGCCGCCGCCGACUGGCCAUGGGCCUGCUCGGUGCCUUCCUGAUAUGGCUCUUCGUACACAACAUUCCCACCGACCUAGGUAGCGUCGACCAGCGCAUGGGUCGUCCACUGCGUCCGGGACAUCAACCGACUGGCCCCCCUCCCAAGUCGCAGCCCAUUGGAACCCCAGAGAACCACUACUAUGCCGGCCCUGUCAAAUUCUACAGAUUGGCAAAGACUAUUCAGGCCAUCGCCCGCACUAUGGGUCAGAGAAAGCAGAAUAGGAAUGUCUUGUUUGCUGCUUCCAACCUCAGAAGCGCUGCAAAUCUAUUGCCCAUGGCCUGCGAGAUGGCCCGUGUAGACAAGAACUUUGUGCAUUUCUCCUUGUUGGGACGAGAUGCCAUGCCCCUGGAAGAGGUGCUCGAGAUAAAUGGUGUUGAUCGCGACUCUUGUGACAUAUUCUUUCACGAUGCCCGAUGCGAUUAUUCCGAGUACAGUACAGACGCUCGAGCAGAGGCUUCUGUAGUCGGCGCCCUUGGCCAUAUCCACAUGUACAUGCACCCACAAGCUGUCAUUAUCGAUGACUCCUCUGUUGAAGACGUUUUCUUUGUUAGAGGCCUGCGCUCCAAACUCAGCACUCUGGCCACCCCGCUCAUUGAAGUUCCAAAAGGAAAGUACGAGGAUUUCUUGUGGAUGACCCGUCUCGAUACCGGCGGCUUGACCUCGUGGCAUAAGCCCAGCGUGAACAUCCUCAUUCACGCCCAGCCUCAAUCCUCAGGCUCGCUCCUGCGUCUUUUGCAUUCCAUCAAGACCGCCGACUACAGUGGACUUUCUCAUCCUGACAUCACCAUAGACCUUCCUCCGGAUCUUGAGCCGUUCGCACGCGACUACCUACGAGAUUUUGAGUGGCCCCCUCAUCAAGACCCCACUGGUCCACGUCAACGCAGAGUCAAAGUCCAUCAUCGCAUCUCUACAGCAAAACAAACGACCGAGACCAACGCCCUCCGCUUCCUCGAAUCCUUCUAUCCAGUCGAUCCUGACCACUCUCAUGUCUUGUUGCUCUCUACACAAACAGAGCUGUCACCUUUAUACUACCAGUAUCUCAUGUACCACGUCUUGCAACAUCGAUACGCGGCAUAUGGAUCGGAUGAUGGUGAUAACCUUUUCGGAGUGGUGCUCGCGACUCCUGAUGCUUAUCUCAAUGGCACUGGUCCCUUCCAUACGCUGACAAUGUCUGAUACUGAGAAACAUGUCAAAAGCCUGGACGAUUUGUCCGUACCGUUCUUGUGGCAAGCUCCUAACGCUGAUGCCGCUCUCAUCUUUGGUGAUAUCUGGGCCGAAGUGCACGACUAUCUUAAAAAUCGUCUUCGUGCAGUCCACGAUACAUCUUCAGUGCAUCAGGCUCCUACAAAGCGUGCUAAACUAGUCUCAGACACCCAGCCCGGAUGGCUUGAGUACAUGCUAGAGUUGAUGAGGGCGAGGGGGUGGAGGAACCACUACCCGGCUCGACUUGGUGCAGGAGCCUGGGCGACUGUGCACCGGGAUCUCUUCCAGAAGCCGGAGGAGUAUAUGGACAAACCUGCCAAACGUGAAGACGAGUCGAAAGAGACAGAGCAGACUAACAAACCCGACGACGAAGAGCCUUUCCUCACCGCGGAACCAGCCGCAGAUCAGAUACGUCGGCAGGAGGCAUAUCUUGCGCAGAAAGAACACGACACGCUACAGCAUUCUCAACCUUUGCAUGCACUAUUGCCCUACGAGACGCAGCUCACAGAAAUCGGUCUCUUGCCGGCACUAGAAUUUACUGGACAAAAAGUAGAACGAGAUGAUUUUGGUCGUCUGGCAACAGAGUACCGACCACUGCUGAGGACGCAAGUUGGUGGUUGCAAUGCCGCAGAAGCUUCCAAAGAUCGCAAAUACGACCUAGGCAAGACAGGUGACUUGUUCUGCUUUAUCGGUCAGCCCGACCUAGAAGAAGAAGACACGGAUGAGAAGACUGCCAAGGCUAUACUGGGAGACGAGAUAUCUGAGCCGGCGCCAUACGUCGUAGCGGAAGCAAAAGAGCACGCAGCAUCCCCCGAAACUGCGGCUACAGCCAAAGAAGCCCCCCUUGACUCAGCAGCGAAACAGAAGUUGGCGCACAUGAAAGUUGAGCCACCUGUCAUCAACCAAGUCAACCAAGAAGAACCAGAAGAGAAGAAAGCGCCAGUGAAUGAGCUCUCUCCUAAGCAUGGAGCAGGUACAUUAAAGCCCGUCGUCGAGGACCUAGGGCCUCCAAAAGUGAAAGGUGGUCAAUGA